AUGUGGCCGUUAUUUAAAUUAAACAUCGAAUCGUCGCAAGAUUUCAGUAACAAGAAGAUGAUUUAUCAGUGCCGCGGCUUGCCGUUUGUUCGUACAGAGCGGCUACCGAAAUACAUGUAUUUAAUUGUGCCUGAACAUAGAGAUGAUGGACGGGGUGACAUUCCUGAGACCGCUCAACUUAGCCUGAACGGACAAUCCAAAAUGCAAUUCUUAACCGCACUUUUCUGCAUCGUCUUCGCCAUUUUAUUGGUCCAAGGGCCGGUUUUGGCCUGCAUUAAAAACCGCGACGGUUGCCAACCUGACGGAAGUCAAGGCAACUGUUGCUCAGGAUUUUGCUACAAAGAGUCAGGCUGGGUUGCCGGUUACUGCAAAUAGGAAACUCGACAACGCCGGACGAAUAUUUUUUACGCAACUUUGAUGUUUUAAAAAUAAUAAUAAAUUGUUAGAUAUAUUCAAA